CCAACCUGCUGCUAUUAAUACCACCCGCCAAACAUAAUCCACGGGAUGGCUUAUAUCCUCUUACAUUUGUUGGCAGGGCUCACUGAAGCGUUUUGCAGAAAGAGAGAGAGAGUUGCAGUGCUACAGUGUUUCUCUUGAAUGGUCCCAGCCCACAAACGCUGGUGUCUGGGAAAGCAAAACAGAAGAAAGCAGUUUCGUUUUCUCUCUCUUUCUCCUCAACAUCUCUUGCCCUGCACAGCUUGCAAGAAAGAAGGAACUCUAAGUGCUAGUAUAUCUGUGCAUGUCCCAGUGGUUAUAUUAGCGCUGAUCUCUCUUUACUCUGUUUGCCCAUGAUGAACACUCUCCCAGCAUAUUCUGGAGCCCGAAUAUCAGGCUGCUGGGCUCUUAGGUCGGAUGGCAGUGGGGGUGGGGAAGGCUCUCUGGACAGGCUCCUCCCCUCUGUCAACACCACCCUGUCACCGCGGAAACGAACCACCAGCAAGUGUAAAUCAGAACCUCCACUGCUGAGGACCAGCAAGAGGACAAUCUACACAGCCGGACGCCCACCAUGGUACAAUGAACACGGGACCCAGUCUAAAGAUGCUUUUGUUAUUGGUCUUUGUGGUGGCAGUGCCUCGGGCAAAACAACAGUCGCCCGCAAGAUUAUCGAGGCUUUAGAUGUUCCUUGGGUUGUUCUUCUAUCCAUGGAUUCCUUUUACAAGGUUCUGACAGCUGAACAGCAACUGCUGGCCGCUAAUAAUGAUUACAAUUUUGACCAUCCAGACGCCUUUGAUUUCAGCCUACUGGUGCACACGCUCCGUAAACUCAAACAGGGCAAGAGUGUGAAGAUCCCAGUGUACGACUUCACCACACAUGGACGACAGAAAGAAUGGAAAACAGUCUAUGGAGCCAGUGUCAUCAUAUUUGAGGGAAUCAUGUCAUUUGCAGAUAAAGAGCUGCUGAAGCUGUUGGACAUGAAAAUAUUUGUGGACACUGAUUCUGACAUCCGGCUGGUACGGAGACUCAGAAGGGACAUCACAGAGCGAGGCCGGGACCUUGAGGGAGUGAUCAAGCAGUACAACAAGUUUGUGAAGCCAGCUUUUGAACAGUACAUAGAGCCCACCAUGAGACUGGCAGAUAUUGUGGUGCCUCGUGGUGGCGGCAACAUGGUGGCCAUUGAUCUCAUAGUGCAGCAUGUACACAGUCAGCUGGAGGAGAGGAAACUCCGCUGGGAUAUGGCGGCACUAGCAUCUGCCCAUCAGGCUCAGCCCCUCCCACAGACCUUAAGUGUUCUGGAGAGCACACCACAGGUCCGCGGCAUGCACACCAUCAUCAGGAACAAGGAGACCAGUCGAGAUGAGUUCAUCUUCUACUCCAAGAGGUUAAUGCGGCUGCUCAUCGAGAGAGCGCUCUCCUUCCUUCCAUCUCAGGUCCAUAUUGUUCAGACCCCACAAGGAGAAGAUUAUGAGGGCAGAACCUUCCAUGGGAAGAGGAUUACGGGUGUGUCGAUUCUUAGGGCGGGAGAGACCAUGGAGCCUGCACUCAGGGCCGUGUGCAAAGACGUCCGCAUUGGCAAAAUUCUCAUUCAGACCAAUCAGGACACCGGAGAGCCUGAGCUGCAUUACUUGCGUCUGCCCAAAGACAUCAGCGAGGAUCAUGUGAUUUUGAUGGACUGUACUGUGUCCACUGGGGCUGCAGCCAUGAUGGCCAUCAGAGUUUUACUUGAUCAUGAUGCUCAGGAGGAUAAGAUCCUACUGGUGUCUCUGCUUAUGGCAGAGAUGGGUGUGCAUUCUGUGGCCUAUGCCUUCCCUCAGGUCAAAAUCAUCACCACUGCUGUCGACAAAAAGGUCAAUGACCUUUUCCACAUCAUCCCUGGCAUUGGAAAUUUUGGGGAUCGUUAUUUUGGCACAGAUGCACCUCCAGACUGGAGUGAUGAUGACAUGGAUGAGCCCAGCUACUGAAACCCCCUCUGGACACUCCUCUCACCUGUACUUAGUAUAGCACACAAAGACUAUCAACCUGGCCUGAUAAUUGACAUGUCUAUUUGUACAUAUAUUUUUAUAGUUCUUUGGGCACCCUGAAGUGUUUUGCGGAAGUGUUUUAUUUGGUUUUAUUUAUGAUGGUUUUAUUGUUUCUUUGUUCAUUUGUUUUAAAUGGGUUAUUUAAUGUAAUGUAAUGUUUUAUAAAAGUAGAAUAUAUUGUUUGAUUGUAAAGCACAUGCGGCAAAUUAUUUGCCUUGCAUGUUUGCUGGCACUUUUGGAAUGGGCAAUUUCGCAAUUUGUUUGGCAUAUAAACUUUGGUCAGCAACACAGUUGAACAUUUCUUGUUGUCAUAGCAUACAGUAUACCUUGUUCUUAUUUUAUUCCUUUCCUUGGCUGUUUCUUGCAGCAGUCAAGCUUUCUGAGAGCAAAAUAAGUCUCGGAGCAUUGCCUUGCUACACAUAGACAGUGAGUUUCUUUGAAGGACUACUUCAUCGGAAAAAAUGUGUGGGCGUUGCUUUUUUUAAUCUUUGCUUUUUCUCUUUUACCUGCAGACAGCUACUGACCAAACCACAGGCUGUUAACAAUUACACUUUCAACAAAGAGUCCUCAAACAUAUACAGCGAUUGUAGGACAAAGAGCUGAAGGGUUUGACUUUACGUUGCAGGUGCUAGAAAUUAUCAUAGUGAUUUUUGGUUGCUGUUUUUAUUUUUAUUUUAUUAUUGUUCACAACAUGUUGUUGUGUUUAAGAAUGAACUACAUGGUUCUAUUUUGACCCACAAAAGUACAACAUCUUGCAUUUGUCCAGUUUCUAGCUGCCUUUUACUAUAUAUGGAUCAGAUGUGCUUGUUGUUCGCAUGCUUGAACAUGGCUGUGUAAGAACCAAACUAGCUCAAAGGAAACGUGUCUAGUCUGAAAUUCAACCAAAUUAAGUAUGAUUGCUUUUAUUGAUGUUUUAUUUGUUUUAUAAUUUUUACCGAACUUUGCGAAAAUGCACCUAGACUGAAGAAAAAUAUUUAAUCAUGGAGAUACGGUAUGACUGUGUGUGUGCGUGCGUGUAUUGUUUGAGUACCCUACCUUACAAUAUUUGCAGUUAACUAAAAGUAUGCUUUAUAGGUUUCCAUGGUUGCAAAAUACCAAUAUGUUCUCAUUUUCAAAGUUGAAAUCUGCUGUGAUAAUGUCAAGGCCUAGUGAAUGUAUCUACUCAGAUCUUAUUCCCACAACAGGAAUAGAAGUCAUCAGCAACAUUGUGUUUAGCUAUCUUUUACAUUUUUAUAUAUAUAUAUAUAUAUUUCACUGCUGUAUGGAAUACUUGAUUCUGAUUAGUCAAUUGUGGCAUACUGUGCUCAAAUAUUUUUCUAUAAUGGCCGUUAAACUGUCAAAUUGACUGUUGUCCCAGGCAACUGCUUUCUUAAAUAGCUGUUUUAGUUUCAUGUCUCCCAUAUCACUCCGAAGUCUCUUUCCUCUUGUAUAAUAAAAUUAUUUCAGUGUCA